CUCUGUUCUCGACCAGUUCACCUUCACGACCAACUCUUAAAAAUGACUAAUCACUACAGAAACACCAUCUCUAUUGUUUAUCACUUGUUGUUUUGUAUCUCCAUCACAUCUUCAUCUCCACCUUCCCUCAUACGACAAUUCAGUGAUGACUUCAAUACAAAUCUGCAGCAAGAGGAAGGAGCAGAACCAAACACAAUUAUUGAAGAAGCACAUUACUUACAUAGACCUCAAGAGAUCUCAUCACGUGACUAUAAAGUCUCAGCUUCAAGCGCUGUAACGGGUCUAAGACAUAGUCGUCCAUCUACUUACUCUUUAAAGAUAGAGUCUUUCAACACACUCCUUAACGCAGAGAGAUACGAAUCUCGUCCUUUUCCAGUUGGUGAAUACAACUGGACUCUUGUCGUGUACCCCAAUGGGAACAAGAAGGAUAAGGGUUCAGGGUACCUUUCGCUUUACGUAACUAUAGACAAAUCGACUCUCGUCGAUGCACACCAAGAGGUUUACACGGAUCUCAGAUUUUACAUCUUCAACAAGAACGAGAGACAAUACCUCACCAUUCAAGAUACUGAUGUAUGGAGAUUCGAUGUCUUCAAAACGAUGUGGGGAUUCUCUAAGGUCCUCCCUGUUGAUACCUUCAAAGACACGAAAAACGGAUACCUCUACGAUGGAGAUCACUGCGAGUUUGGUGUCGAUGUGACCAUCCCUUCUCCUUUUAAAAUGUCAGAACUUUUCUCUAUCACUGAGAAAUUAGAUAACCCGAGAUUCACCUGGACCAUUCGCGGAUUUUCAAUGCUGUUCAAAGAGUAUUACUACUCAGAUGUCUUCUCCAUCGGAGGAAGAAGUUGGAAUAUAAAAGUGUAUCCAAGUGGUUAUCACACGGGAGAGGGAAAAGACUUGUCUAUGUAUCUUAGCCUUAAUAUGAACGAGAAACUCAGACCCAAUGAGAAGAUUUAUGUUCGAGCCAAGCUACGAGUUCUUAACCAACGUCAGUUCGAUAACAAAGAGACGCAAGUCAAUUAUUGGUACUUUACUCCAGGAGCUGCUUGUGGUCUUCAUGAGUUUAUCUCACUCUCUGAUCUCAAAGAUUCAUCAAAAGGUUUCCUCGUGAAUGAUGUCUUGAUGGUUCAAGCUGUAAUGGAGGUCAUUUCUUCAACCAAGUACUCCCCUAGUUAGGUUUAUUUAACUAAGGAGAGCUUGCAGCUCCAUGAUUACAGCUUCAUGAUUGCUUUAAUAUCAACCACUUUGUUUAUCGACCACCUGAUAAUAAGAAUAUGUUUACGUUUAAAAUAAAUGACUUUUUCUC